AUGAGCGCUGCGCAGCGGAAAGAGUUGGCGCACCGCAAAGAUAUAAAACAAGUCGGCAAUUAUAGAAUGCCGGAGUUGCCUACUUCGAAAGGAAAGGGGAAGGGUAAGAGGACGGUACCCGACGAACGACAGUGGAUCACUUGCCCACUGUUGCCCGGUGUGCCCUCCAUCCCUCCAGCAAGGGUCCUUCAGCCAUGUGAAAAGGUUCAGUCUGUGCAUGCGAAGGAGACGACCAACGAUGACGUCAUCCAGGGCACGCCUUCUCCACUUUCCCUGCAAGGACCUUGUCUCGCAGCAGCGGAAGAAAGCGACGAUGAUAUCAUAGAAGGGACGCCUCCAAAAUAUCACCAGGUAGAUUCUUUCCUCGGUUUUUGGAAGAGGGUGAAAGAGGACAUCAAUUUAACUACUCCUCAAACGAAGAGAUCAUGCAUUCGCUUCAGCCCAUCCCCGGGGAUCGUUCAGGUCAUGGAGGUGUCUUUCCCACCCGUCGUUGCCGACAUUGAACUAAUCAAUUGCACGCCUACAACCAGCACUCGAACGGAAGCAUUCGAUUCGGGCAGGAGCGCCAGAUCUAAUUUGUCCAUCGAGAUUGACGUACAAAUAGAACGCGACCUGGAGGUCAACAGUGGCAGCGAAAUCGAUGAGGAGGAGAACGUUGUGGAUCGCCUGAUAGGUUGCACCACCGGCGAGGAUGCUCAGGAGCCGUGCCCCACGGAGCUCAAUGAGCUUUUGCAGUUGGACAGCACGGAGGACCAAGCCAUUCGUAAUAUGGCUGCGGGUGACAUGGACGUCCUUAGUUUUAACUGGUGUGCCGAUUACAACAACUUUGUCCAAGAAGAGUUUUCUGGGCCAUCAGGACCAACUUUUGACCACUCGGGUAUGUCUCCUCUCCAGGUAUUCCAGCAAAUCUGGGAUACCAAUAUUAUAGACCACAUUGUUAACGAAACGAAUAGAUACGCACGACAGUUAUUUUUAAAACAAAAAUGCAAUUGGACUCGUUUAUCAAGAUGGAAAGAUGUGACCAGCGACGAAUUUUGGCGCUUCCUGUCCAUGUUGAUGUUACAAUCUGUUAUAGUUAACAAUGUGGAGCGCGAGUAUUGGUAUCCCAGGUCCGCCUUCCUACAGAUUGGAGAUUGUAGGAAAAUCAUGCCCUACAACCGAUUCCUUCUAAUAAAAAGGUGCCUCCAUUUUAACAACAAUUCCUCCUUGCCAGAAUACCCCUCUAAACUCCAGAAGAUAAUGCCCAUUAUUAAACAUUUAAAUGAAAAAUUUUCCGCACUGUACCUUCCCGAGCAAAAAGUAGCAAUCGACGAGUCGCUCCUUCUAUGGAAGGGGCGACUCUCGUUUUCGCAAAAAAUUGCCACAAAACGUUCUCGGGAAGGUAUAAAAAGUUACGAAUUGUGCGAAUCGCGCACAGGCUACCUCUGGAAGAUGGAGGUAUAUUCUGGCAAGGGGCAUGUUCAUGCUCAGCAAGAAGCAGGUGCAGUACCGGUUGUAGGGUAUGAGGCGGAGAUUGAGCCGGAGAAUGCCACAUCAAAAAUCGUCUAUACAUUGUUACGACUCCUUUUCGGAAGAGGUCACACCGUUGUCAUGGACAACUUUUACAACUCCCCACUACUAUCACGGUUACUCAAAUCGCAACACAAAACUGAUACGAUGGGCACUCUUCGGCUCAAUAGGGAGUUCGUCCCUGAAGCAUUAAAGGUCAAAAAUAAAACGACUAUGAAGUCGGGUGAAGUCUCCUUCAGCUCCACCAAAGAUCUGUGUGUGCUCGUGUACAUGGAUAAAAACAUUGUACCGAUGACAUCGACAUACCAUCGUCCAGAAGUCGGCGGAAUAGAAAAAUACGGCAGAAGAGCUGUAGCGAGUAAAGCGGUGGUCCGCUUAGUCGCCAGAUGCGAUGUUAGUAGAACUUCUGCUGGUUGA